AUGUCCAGCGAUGUUGUGCAGCCCACCACCGUUUCCGACGGCGCCAAGGCCAGUUUUCCGUUGACGCUCGCUGUCCCGGACGAUGAGCAGCCCGGACCAGUAUUUCGUCGCAGCAAGUCUCCAUCUCAGGCAGCUAUUGAACAGUCAUCACAACAACACAAGUCGACAUUGGAAAAGCCUGAAAAGCCAGAGAGAUCCUCAAGAUUCAGCUUUAUUCGCAAACAGAGCUUUUCGCUACUGAUGCCUGAACCGAGCACUCCCUCGACGCCAAAACAUGGCCCUCUCCAUGACCUCAAGCGCUUCCUAAACAACCACAUACCCCAUUCUCAUCACCACCACAACCAGUCUCGGUCUUCGACACAGGCUGCCUCUACCCCCCGCAGGUCCUCCGUGGGCUCCAGCAGCGGCCCCUUGUCUCCAGCCGGCGCCCGCGAGUCUCCAACCCCUCUCGACGGCAGGCCAGAACCAAAAAUACUAGCGGACGUCAGGAACUCGAAGAAGAAGACACGGAGUCCGUCGCCCAUCCGCCAGAUCAAGGAUAGGACGCCAUCGCUCAAGUCGCUAAGGUCGCUCAAGGGCAGCUCUCGCUCAUCGCAGCCUCCGUCUCCAACUUCCCCGCAACACAAGACCGAAGGGUCAAAGAGCAAGCACCAUCAUCAUCAUCACCACCAUCGCCACCAGUCGCCCAAUCGUCGUGCAACCUCGCGCUCGCAUCAUCCCAUAACAUCGCUGCAUGACGCGACCCAGGCGCACCUUUCGAAAAAGUACGGCAAGUGGGGGCGGGUACUUGGCAGCGGCGCCGGUGGCACCGUACGACUUAUCAAGGGGAAUGCAAAGACUGGAGGAGCGAUAUAUGCUGUGAAGGAGUUUCGUCCAAAGCGCUCGGGAGAGACGGAGAAGGAGUACCAGAAGAAGGUCACAGCCGAGUUUUGCGUGGGCUCCACGUUGAAACACCCCAACAUCAUCGAGACCAUCGACAUCGUCCAAGACCGUGGUCACUACUAUGAGGUCAUGGAGUACGCUCCGUACGACCUCUUUUCGGUGGUCAUGUCGGGCAAGAUGUGUCGCCCCGAGAUCUACUGCGUCUUCCGACAAAUCUGCGAUGGCGUUGAAUACCUUCACGAGAUGGGCUUGGCGCACCGGGACCUCAAACUCGAUAAUUGCGUCAUGACGGCCGACAAUGUCGUGAAGCUCAUCGACUUUGGGACAGCGACUGUCUUUCAUUAUCCUGGAAAGGCCCAUACACCAGCCACUGGGAUUGUCGGCAGUGAUCCCUAUCUUGCUCCAGAGGUACUCCAACAGGACUCCUAUGACCCGAGGAAGACGGAUGUGUGGAGUGUAGCAAUCAUCUUUCUCUGCAUGGUCCUGCGUCGGUUCCCUUGGAAAAUCCCCGAUCCGAAGACGGACCCAAGCUUCAAGGCUUUCGUCAACGCGCACCCCGACUUGUCCGCAAAGCCUGUGCCAAAGCCUAAGAAGCUUACCGCCGAGAAGAAUGUAACUGACCAGGAGGGCGCAUCGAGAAACUUGGCCAUUUCUACUCCUGGCCGGCAAAUGACGGUUCCUCCUUCUGCCCAUUCGAGCGGACCCAUGGAUAGGAUGCCCCCACGGGAGCGCGCAUCCAGCACCGACAUUUCGAUUGGCCCCGAGUCCUCCAGCACCAGCAACUCCUCAGAGACGACCUCAAUUCGGACGCAUACCUCGGCCGGCACCGAAAGCACAGAAGUGACUGACCCACCUUCACGUUUCGCCAGUGGGUCCGCCGGGCACAGCUUGAACACAAUCACCGAUGACGCGAAGGCCGCCAAGGAUUUGUCACCAGCAGACGCUCGAAGGAAGAGUUUCCUCCAGUCGAGAGGAUACCCGCAUCCACCUACAUCCCGGAGUGCGAUGACUCUCCCGCUGACCUUCACUGGCUCACCAGCGGUUCGGCGAGAUUCGGAUUCGUCACAAGAGAUGGAUCCCUCCGUCUUGACUUUUGCCCGGCCCGGGAAUUCAACAGAGUCGCUACCUUUAAGCCCUUAUCUCCUCCAAGAUGUUCCAACGCCGAAGGGCAACAGUCUGCCUCGGGCUAUCCUUCCUGCCCGAGCAGGCUCGGAUACGGUCCUACCAGCUGGUGGCAUCGCCCCAGGGGAGCCCUUGUCGUCCGAGGCACCUCCUAUUAUUGUCCAAGAGCCUGAAGAAGAGACACCAACACCAUCGGCGGCAGCGCCCGCUGCUAUCAAAGAGGAGUCUACGCCGGUUGUUGCUGGACCACCACCGCCUCCUGACUCAACAGUACCCAAACCUCGUCGACGCCAACGAGCAGAGAGUGUUACGACGUUCCACGGUGGAGGAGCAGAGACCAUCUUUCGGUUACUCCCCCGCGAAACUCGGCCCGCGCUCCGGCGGAUGUUGUAUGUGGAACCUGCCUCUCGUUGCACCCUCACCGACCUGCUCAAGGGAAGGGGAAAGACCAGCGACCUCCUGUGCGGAUGCGACUUGGCCAAGUCAAAGGAAGAGCGGUUAGCGGAGAUGGAAUCUUACAGGCAUCGCCAUGGCACAGAUUCCCCAACUCAAGUGUCUUGCGUGGACCACGAUGAAUGUGAUUCAGAGGACGACGACGACGGUGACGAGUGGUUAACGAGCAUCGUUCCAUGUUCCAGACCUGGAGUCCAACCCCAGCACGUACACAUCAAGGUUCAGGUGGACGAAAAGGCCGGCAAGAGACGAUUCUUCUAG